UGGGGAGGGAGUAACAGUUUGGCUUCCAAGAUGCAGGUGCUAGGUGUUGCAACAAUCAUUGUAUGUCUGUUAGUAAUCAUAAGUCCGGCCCUGACUGCAGCCAAUCCUUUGUGGAGCCUUGAUCAAGUGGGAGCCUACUUUAGUGGCAUCUUUCGAUCUAUUGUGGGUCCACUCUUUGGAUUCGGCUUGGGUACCAACAGCACCGCCUCGUAAAAGCUAGUUCUGCUUACCGCACCAGUCCAAAGGGAA